UAGAAUGCGCUACAAAGUCAUCGAUAUGACGAAUGAUGAUAAAGAUAUUGAUAUUGACAAAUGACAAAUUUGUUAUUGUUUAUAAUAAAAAUUACAACUGACAAGUAAAAUAACUUUGGGAUACACGAAUACGUUAAUACAAUGCCCAAACUCCAAGUUUCAGUUCGAGUUUUUUAAUACUAUUAAUUGCAAGUUAUACUAAUUUUGAAUUGGUAUUAUAUUUCAUAUAACGUUCGUUAAGUUUAACUAGCCAUGUGGAAAUGUCACAAAUGUGGGAAGCCAGUAUAUUUUGCUGAGCGAAAACAAUCUUUGGGAUAUGACUGGCAUCCUGAAUGUCUACGAUGUGAAGAAUGUAGUAAACGGUUGAAUCCUGGACAGCAUGCAGAGCAUAAAGGUGUGCCAUAUUGUCAUGUACCAUGUUAUGGGGUCUUAUUCGGUCCUCAGUUAUAUGGGCAUGGCACUAGAGUUGAGUCUCAUACUAGCUUUGGCAGAGUUGAAAACAAAUACCCAUUUGGACCAAAUGUUGAAAGAUCAGAGUUGGAAGAGAAACUAAAAAAAUACAAUAAAUAUUUUGAAGGACGUAGUGGGGAAAUUCGGAGUCGAGAAGUGAAUGGUCGUCUAGUAUUAGAAGGUGCACUAAGAAUCUAUUGGGCUGUUACUGAUAUUAUUCACUUGAAAGAGGAUGAUGACCAAAGAAUUAAGAACCGGAUUCUCAAGGGCACAGAUAUACCAUUAAUGAAACUACAGGGAAAAUAUGUAACUGAAAACUCAAAAAACAAUAACCAUUAUAAUGGAGGUAACUUAUCAAAUAAAUUUAAUACAUUGCCAAGCAGUUUAAAUCACGUUGAUAUAAAAGAUGAACUUGAUGAUUUGUUAAAGGUGGAAAGAGAAAUAGCUGAUGAUGAUAAAGCAUACAAUACAUUACAACACAUAGAUGCAAAAUGCUCAGAUAAAAGUGAUGAGUAUUCUACAAAUUUUGAAUCAAAAUUAGAAGAGGAGUCUACUGAUAAAAGUUUAUUAAGGAGUCGUUCAUUGGAUGAUGACGUUAGUGAUAGUGAUACAAAUGAAGAAGUUCAAUGUGAUCAUCAUGAUGAUUUGAUAAAUAAUGUAGUUAUAAGGCGUAAAUCUGGUUCAACUGCUAUUAAAAGAAGAACAGGCAGAUUAAAUGGUAAAAAUCGGACUAAAUUGAAACGCCGUUGCUCAAUAAAUGGCCAUUUUUACAAUCGCGAAACAAGUUUUUUUACCCCACCUUAUGGCAGCCAAAUGUCUGUAUGGGUUACAUCCUUGGUAACAACUCCAGAAGUUAUUAAUUUGAUGCUUGACAAGUAUAAAGUUGAUGGUAAAGCAAACCAAUUCUCAUUAUUUCUUGUUUUUGAUAAUGGAGAACGCCGUAAAUUACAAGAUGAUGAAUAUCCAUUAGUUGUAAGACUAAUACAGGGGCCCCAUGAAGAUGUUUCUAGAUUAUACUUGAUGGAAAGUCGAACAACUGAUGAAAUUAGUUGUGAUGUUGCGCAAUUUUUAAAUUUCAGCUUGCCAGAAUGUAGAGCUAUUCUAGCUGGUUAUGAUGCGGAAGAAGAAAAACUUAUUAAUGCAAUAAAAGCCAAGUAUGAAGAGAUGAGAAGAAGGAUAAAAGAACGAAUGGAACAAUUAAAAGUUCGACUUUGAAGAUUAAAUUGUAUGAUUCAUUAAGUUAACUUUAUAUACUAGUAGGAUUACCACAUUCGACAUAAAUUAUACUUAAUGUAUCAUAGUUACAUAACGAUAAAAUAAAUCAAAUGACAGACUU